UCUGCGUUGGCUGACACACCCGAGAUGUUUCACCCAAUAGACGUUUCAUAUUUCGAAUGUUCGACUUUAAAUUAUCACUAAACGGCGGGACUUUAAUGUCAUAAUAUUUAUAAUUAAUAAAUUUUUGACAGUAAUUCACUCUUAAAUAUUGUACAGAAAUGUUGAGUAUUUUGUUCUUACAAUUUUUAUGAAAAGUUAUUGGUUGGAUUGAAUAAAUAAGACCGAUUUGAUUGUUUUCAUCUACUUCAGGAUUUUAUAAAUACCAAUAAACCAUGCAAAGUGUAAUAAAUUCAGUUAAAGGCACUGCACUUGGUGUUGCAGAAUAUUUAACUCCAAUAUUAAAGGAAAGCAAAUUCAAAGAAACUGGGGUUUUAACUCCUGAAGAAUUUGUCGCAGCCGGAGAACAUCUUGUCCACCACUGUCCAACCUGGCAAUGGGCUGUAGGUGAUGUAGAUAGAGCUAAAUCAUAUUUACCAAAAGAUAAGCAAUUUUUACUUACUCGUAAUGUACCUUGCAGCCGUCGAUGUAAACAGAUUGAGUACUGUGAUGAAUUGGAACAAAUUAUAGAAAUUGAUGAUCCAGAAGGAGGAUGGGUAGAUACACAUCACUAUGAUCCAAGUCUUGGAGGAAUUGAUGAAAAAGUAACGGAAAUGUCAUUAGAAGAAACACCACAACCUUCUUCUUCGAGAGUUGAUCUUGACACAGAUGAAGAUGACGAAGAAGCCGCUGAUAUGGAAGCUUUCGAAGUUAGUGGAAUGCUUGAUGAACAAGAUAAGUAUACUGAAGGUAUAGAAAAGUCAACAAAAGAGAUGAGAGAUUCUUUUCCAGAAGGAGAAAUUAUACACACACGAACUUACGACUUGCAUAUCACAUAUGAUAAAUAUUACCAAACUCCGAGGCUAUGGUUGUUUGGUUACGAUGAGAAUCGAAAACCUCUCAGUGUUGAUCAAAUGUAUGAAGAUGUAAGUCAAGAUCAUGCCAGAAAGACUGUUACAAUGGAAAUUCAUCCACACAUUCCAGGACCACCUAUGGCAUCUGUACAUCCCUGCAGACAUGCAGAAGUGAUGAAGAAAAUUAUAGAGACAGUAAUGGAAGGAGGAAGAGAACUUGGAGUCCACAUGUAUUUAAUAAUAUUUCUUAAAUUUGUUCAAUCUGUUAUUCCGACAAUUGAAUACGAUUAUACUCAAAAUUUUAUGUUACCAACCUCCACCUAAAAAUUCAAAUACUAAUAGAAUAUUUACUUUCAAAUUUCAAUAAUAGUGUUAUUAAAUUUUGUUAUUUUAAGGAGAAUUUUAUUAAAUUAAAAAUUAAAACCAAAUUUUAAUAGGAUGGGUGUAAUAGGAAA